AUGGUGUCAAAUGUGACGGACACGCUCAUUCUGGAGGAGCGCAUUGUGAAGCGCACGGAGCAGCUGCAGCACAACAACGAGGUGCUGCGGCGAGAAAUGGAGGCGCUCCUGUCUGCGGGGAGCACCUGCAGCGAUGCAUCAAGGACUUGGAGCAGCCGCACAUCACAGCAGUCGCUGGUGCUGGAGCGGAUCGUGGCGGAGCUGCACGAGUCGCGCACGGAGGCGGAGUCUGCCAACCACCUCAAGUCGCGGUUCCUGGCGUCCAUGAGCCGCGAGAAUCGUACCCCCAUGAACGGCGUGCUCGUGAGGACAACAUGUGUGAGGCAGCAUGGAAGCCAUGCACCGCAUUAUCUCACGCCACCUCAGCACGGGUUGGGCAUGGCAACUCACAAGUCACUUGACCUCCCGCGCCCUUCCCCUCCCACUCACUUCGCCCUCUUCUCCUCUACUAGGGGGGAUGAGGGGGCAACAGGGGAGGUAGUUACCGGGGGAUGA